CGCACGAGAAGUAGAAGUUCGGGUAUCGAGACUGCCGGUUUGCGGUAUACUAUGGCUUAUUUUAUCCUUUCAUCUCGAGCCUCAAGGAUGAGCCAAGUCGGCAGGCUCGCAAAGCGCUCAUCACCUAUGAUAGAACUCGUUGUAAUGCUGAGAACGACGCUAACUGUGUCACAGCACGACUCCGAGGUUCGCAUCAUGAUUCAAAUGCUGAGCGCUGAGCAGCAAGCUCUGGGGUGGAAAAGCCGCAUUUCCUACGAGUCCGUCGCGCUCGCUCAAGAAGCCUGAGGAUAUCUGUGAUCCUUAAGCUUCUUGAGCGAAUGACUUUAUGAGCUCCGUGAGCCC